UCAUUCUUCUUUUCUGUAGGCAUGUACACUGGCAUUCAUGGUGAGCCAGGAAUGAAGGGGCAACGGGGGAAUCCAGGGCAGCCAGGAAAAAAUGGUCCCAAAGGAUAUGUUGGCCCAGCAGGGCCCAAAGGUUUACCUGGCGCUCUUGGAGCCAAAGGACAGAAGGGAGAAUCGGGGCGAGGGGGCGGUCUACAGGGGAAAGAAAGACCUGCCUUCUCUGUCGUUAAAAACACAGGCAAUAACCUUUCUCCUGAAAGUCCAAUCAGAUUUGACAAGGUAAUCACCAAUGAGGGAGAAUGUUUCAAUAUUAAUCAGGCUAAGUUCCGUUGUUGUAAAAAUGGCUGGUAUUUCUUCACCUAUAACAUGGCCUCCGAUGGGAAACUAUGUGUGAACAUCAUGAAAAAUAGCAGAAAGGAAAUUGGACUCUGCGACACCCACGGGAGCAAAAAUAACUGGCAAAGACAUCAGCUGAAUUCAGGCGGGACAGUACUGAGGCUAAGAAAGGGAGAUGAGGUUUGGCUUCAAACCACACCUGGUCACAACUAUGUUUUUGGUUCAGCUGAAAUCAACAGUAUCUUUUCUGGGUUCCUGCUCUUUCCAGACAAUUAAUGUUUAAAACUAUUUUGGAUUAAUAAUAUUUUGAAUGCUUUGCCAUAAGUCAGGGAUCCAAGAAUCGGCUGAUUAUGUGAUUGACUGACAUUAAUACAUCUGCUCACCUGUAAUUAUACACUAUGCCUUGUAACCCUUGCUAACUGCUGGGAGUGACUAUAUCCAUAUCCAUAAAAAAGGAGAAAACAGAAGAUUACAUUUUAAAAACCAUUAUAAUUGUCCAAAAAAUGAAAUCAGUAUCAAUCAUUCCCUUUCUCAAAUGUCUACACUUGUCCAACAUUUUCAGUUUCCGUUAUCUGACUGCCAAUUCUGUUUAUUAUAAAACUAUUAUGGCUACAAGUCGUAUCUACUCAUUGAAGCAACAUGUACCUACCAGUUAAAAUAGAAGCAAACUAUUAUGAAUGAUGGAGACACUGCUCCCCUCUCCCUAAUUCACAAAGAUACUGUUCCCCUCUCCCUCAUUUGUGGGGAUACUGUUCCCCAAUCCCCCAUUCACAGAGACAGCAUUCCCCUCGUUCCCAUUCACAGAGACACUGUACCACUCAUCCCCAUUCACAGAGACAUCGUUUUCCUUGUCCCAAUUCACAGAGACGCCGUUCCCCUCUCCCCCAUUCACAGAGACACCGUUGCCCUCUAUCCCAUUCACAGAGACAUUGUUCCCCUCUCCCCCAUUCACAGAGACACUGUUCCCCUCUCCCUCAUUUGUGGGGAUACUGUUCCCGACUCCCCCAUUCACAGAGACAGCAUUCCCCUCAUUCCCAAUCACAGAGACACUGUUCCGCCUUCUCCCAUUCACAGAGAUACCAUACCCCUCUAUCCCCAUUCACAGAUAUACUGUUGUCUUCCCCAUUGUCCACACAGAGACAGUGAUCCACUGCUCUGACCUUUCCGCCUCCAUUUCAUUUGUAGUUGGAACUGUAAUUCACGUUGCCAGUCUACUUCUCUUUCUUAACUCCUUAUCCACUCUAAGAAUCACUUUGCAAAUCACAACAUGGGUACUGUUUCUUCCAUCUUCUUUUGAUAAGCAUCACCCCAAACUCCCCCAAGGCUGCAUACAGGUACAUAAGAUAGAUAACACCACCAGACUCUGCUCCUGUGGCAUCACCACUGUCUUAUGUACAAUCCAAACAUUUAUGAAAAGUUUGCAGAUAAUAGGACACUCAAAGUGAGAAAUAACUUUGAUUUUACAUCAGCUCUCGAGUGAUAAAUUCCCAUGUCAAUAUUGUAUGGAAUUUAUUAGUUGGGAUAACAAAUUGUACAUUUGGACUUGCCACGAGCAAUCUGUGUUAAUGAUACAGUUGAAAACAGCUAAUAUCAUUUACAUAAUCACUUGGUAACAUUUCCAGGUCAUUCUGCAAUUCACACUCCAAAAUGUUGAAAAGUUGGACCAACACUUUGUAUUGAAAACCAAUUCCUGAACCCUGCAUUCUGAAAUUUCUGUUUGUUAGAUUGUAAUAAAUGCUUUACUGUAUUUGUAUAACAUGUUUUUAUUCAUUCCUUUAAUAAUAAAAUAAAUGGGCAUUUCCCCAACAA